AUGGAGGACAUAUACGCCGCCCUCGACGGCGAGAACAUCCUGCCCAAGCUCGCCUCGCAGCUGAGCCGGCAUCUCCUCUUCCCCCUGAUCGAAUUCGAGGCCGGCAAGGCGGACGAGAAGGGCGACGACGCCAAGGCCCGCCAGAUCCUGGCCGGCAAGAUCAAGCUGCUCGAGGACACCAACAUGGCCGACUACGUGGCCGAGCUGUACAAGGAGGCCAACAACGCCAGCGAGGCCCCCGCCGAGUACACGAAGAAGAGGAACGAGGUCAUCGCCCAGCUGGACAAGUACGAGCAGGAGACGGCGCGCAUCUCGGAGCUUUUGACCAUGGAGGAUGUCGUUACCAAUCUGCGGAGUGACAAGGUUGCCAACUUGGAGUUUCUGAAGAAGGAGCACAAGGUCACCAUCGAAAUGGUCAACGCUCUCUACGACUUUGGUCAGUUCCAGUUCCGCUGCGGCAACUACUCCUCUGCCGCCGAACUCCUCUACCAGUUCCGUGUCCUGUCCACCGACAACGACAAGGUGUUCCAGGCGACAUGGGGCAAGCUGGCGUCCGAAAUCCUGACCACCAACUGGGCCUCGGCCGUGGAGGAGCUGCUGAAGGUCAAGGAGGCCAUCGAGACCAACCUGUACAACAACACGCGCGCCCAGCUCGACCACCGCACCAUGCUCGUCCACUGGGCCCUCUUCCCCCUCUUCAACUCGGACACCGCGCGCGAGCCCAUCCUCGACCUCUUCUUCACCGCCCCCUUCAUCAACACCAUCCAGACCUCGUGCCCCUGGGUCCUGCGCUACCUCAUCGCCGCCGUCAUCACCGGCCGCUCGCGCACCCGCAACUCCAGCCAGAACCAGAAGCAGAUGAAGGACGUCGUCCGCUACGUGCGCCAGGAGGCCUACGAGUACAGCGACCCCAUCACCGAGUUCGUCUCCGCCCUCUACAUCGCCCACGACUUCAACGCCGCCCGCGAGGCCCUCGCCCGCGCCGAGCAGGUUUGCCGCGGCGACUUUUUCCUCGCCGCCACCGCCGACGCUUUUGUCGACGCCGCACGCCAUCUGAUUUGCGAGAGCUACUGCAAGAUCUUCAGCCGCAUGAACAUCCGCGACCUCUCCGCCAAGCUUGGACUCAACCCCGACGACGGCGAGAAGUGGAUCGUCAACCUGAUCCGCGAGACCCGCCUCGAUGCCAAGAUCGACUCGCGCGAGGGCACCGUGGUGAUGAACCACCCGCCCAACAAUGUGUACCAGCAGGUUAUCGAGAAGACCAAGGGCGGGUUCUUCCGUACGCAGGUUCUCAGCGCCGCUGUGUCCAAGUAG